GAGGAGCCACAAAGUAUUCAUGGUGUCAUAGAUUGAAAUGCUGGAGCCCCGCCUCCUCCUGAUCGUCACACAAACCAUGAUCAAAAUAUCAUUUUUGUUGACUCUGUGAGUAAAAUCACAGGAGCAUUCAUCUCACUGCUCCUCACGCUCCUCUGAGGAAACACACGGCACCUCCGAGAGAGGAGCAAGGAGGAGGGAGGAGACGGAAACAAAGUGUGAGCCUGAAACAAAAAGAGACGGAAAGCAGCAGAGCAGCAAAAACAGAGAGGAGGAGGAGAAGGAGGAGGAGCAGGGGGAGAGAGAGAGAGAGAGGGGAGGGUUAAUCCAGAGUGGAGGAGGAGGAGGAGAGGUGGAGCUGGGAAAGCACCAGAAGAGACAGACGAAGCUCACAUCUGAGCCGAGCGCAGUCAAGAGACGGAGGCAGCAGCGACUGACACACACACCUGCACACACACACAGCAACAUCUGUGAGGGAGCAGCGAGGAGCGCGCUCAGUGCGGCCAGAGACAGUGCAGGGCAGCAGCAGAGCGGCGUGGUGGACGAGUGUGGAGCAGACGGGAUGCCGACCUCACUGCGAGUCUGAUCCCGGGAUCAAACUGAGGCGCUCGGAGCUCGCCAUCGUCACAGCAGCAGAGACUGAGUGCGGAAAGGAAAUUCCCGGAGCGAGCAGAGCCGAAGAAGGACGCCCACGGAGCAGAUAUGGGAUGAAAGGAGGAGACAGGAAGUGAUUUCUGACUUUUCUGUGGGAUACAUCGGACGACAGGGACAGGUGUUCUGACAUCGCAGCACACCUGGAUCACUGACAGAGGGGAGUCUGUGCUGGGACACCUCCACCUCACAACUCUCUCCUCUCCUGGCGUCUGCCCGGUUGGCAGGUGGACAACAUUAACUGAGUUAGACCAAACAAACAGCCUGGAGGCACACUGAGCGCGCUCCACAGCCACGCUCUGAGCCUCUCAUCGUCUCCUCUCAGAGUGAAGGACGCGCACGCUCUACAGACUCGUACACUAUGAGCAACAACAAGCUUCCUCCGCCUGCUCUGUGUUUACGUGUCGACCAUGUUACGCCAAAAUGAGAUGAAUCGCGGCGCACGAAGGAUGUGAACAGCAAACUGCGGCUCUUUCAAAGUAAGGGACACACGCUGGUGGCAUCAUGUCGCACGUUGGUGGUCACAUGGAAUUCCUGCAGGGUGUGGACUCUCCGACGGUGUGGCGGGCUGCUGUGCUGCUGUUGGUGUGUCUGCAGCUGCACCGGCCGAGCCCCGUCCACGCUGCCGUCAGCUCGUCUCGGGGCUCCUAUCGGGCGGGCGGCUGCAUUUGCGCCUCAGACAUCUUCAGCUGCACCGCCCUGGCUCUGAGACACGUUCCCGGAGAAAUGCCGGUUUCCACCGUCACCCUGGACCUCAGCCACAACCACAUCACGCAGCUGGAGGACGGUGCCUUCCAAGGACUUCUUCAACUGGAGACGUUACGUUUGGCCCACAACCAGCUUACAGCGAUCAUGCCAGGAGCGUUCAGAAACUCGUCCGGGGCUCUGCUCCGAAACAUGGACCUGUCAUCCAAUCAUCUUUGUGUUCUGGAGGAGCAUUACUUCCAGGAGCUGUCAGGGUUGGAGGAGCUGCUGCUGUUUAAUAACCGGAUCUCGCGGGUGGAGGGCAGACCUCUGGCUGGACUGACAAACUUGCGCAAGGCUUAUCUCAGCCACAACCGUCUCACCGACUUCCCCUUCUUUUCCAUCCAGAAGCACAGCCACCCCCACCUGUCAUUGCUGGACCUGUCCUCAAACCGCCUGUCCAAACUGCCCCUGGAGGACAUUUUGGCCCUGCCCCAUUCGCUGCAGAAGGGGCUCUACCUGCACAACAACUCGCUGUGGUGCGAGUGCCCCAUGUACAGCCUGUUCCGGUCCUGGGAGCAGCAGGAGUUUGAGUCGCUGCUUUUCUUCAGGCAGGAGCACGUCUGUCUGGUUUACGGGAACCCGAGAGGCACUGUGCGCUUCCUCCAGCACGGACGCUACCUGGAGAAGUGCAACCUGAGUGCCGUGACCCAGAAGAGCAGUGUUACCGUGACGGCGGGGAAAGCGCUGCUGUUGCACUGUGCCACCACUCUCUCCGGCCACGCCGUCACUUUCCUCUGGGUGUCGCCAAGCUUGGAGUCGGUGCUGCCCCCGGGGAAUAACGGGUCCUUAAAGAUGUUCUCCAACGGCAGCCUGGAGAUCGUGGCGGCACGUGAGAAGGACACCGGGAUCUACUGGUGUCUGGCGGAGGACCGGCAGCAUCACCGCAACGACACGUGGGAGGUCAACGUCACGGUGUUGGCGGAUACCAACGACCCCCAGGAGCCGUUCAACACGGGCUUCACCACCCUCCUGGGCUGCGUGGUGAGCCUGGUGCUGGUGCUCAUGUACCUGUACCUGACGCCUUGCCGCUGCCCUCCCUGCCUGAAAGCCCCGCCCCCGGCCACGGCCACCCCAAGUCUGGGAAACGAGGCUGGGGCGGGCAGCGCCCAGUCCUCCAUCCUCACCCCCACCCCGCCGGCCAGCACGGAGGGCCCGGGCCGCAAGAUAUUCUUCUCUGUCGGGGCCAAGCGGCCUCCUUCCAGCCUCAUUUCCACGCUGACACAUGACCACGGGAAGGACAGGAAGCACGCUUCAGAGCAACGACACGCACGUACUCGCAGAUGCACCGAUGAGCGACUCAUCUGAGGGUCUUGAACACCGUGUUUAGAUGUUUAAGAACUACGAGCACGUUUUCACAUCAUCGUUCACGUCAGCUGACUCAGAAAAAAGUCGAUACUGUAAUCCUGGUUCUUCCAUUUAGGUUGGACUUCUGUGUCGUGUCACCCGCAUGCUUUCAAAAACACAAGAAACAAGCUUUAUUGGUCACAUACACAAUCACACAGAGAUGAUGACACAUGCAGUGAAAUGUGUCGUGUCCGAGCUGCGGACAGGCUGCAGACGUAGCCGCGCCAUUCCAGGGCUUGGCGUUUGGCAUGGGGGCCUAGCCAGGACCCUUACUGGAUACUGGGAGGGAAUCGAACUUGCGACUUCCGCUCCAAAGGUGUGUGGUCUUAACACUACACUAUCCAACACAGACGAAUCACAGCCUCAAAGCAGUGCAUGCUGGGAAGUGAACGCUCACCGUAAAGCCAAUAUUCACAGCUCUGAAAGUCACACUAAUGUUAGGGCAGAUGAACAGGCACGCUCCGUUUAACAGAACUAAAUGCUGAUAACUGGGCUCUUCCUGUUAAAGGGGAGUUUUUCCUUCCCACUGUUGCCAAAGCGCUUGCUCCAUGGGGGCAUGGUCUGAUUGUUGGGGUUUCUCUGUUUAUUGUAGGUCUUUACCUUACAGUACGAAGCGCUUUGACUGUGAUCUGGGCUACAUGAGCUGAAACACGUGGAGCUCGUGAGCGUGAACAGCGUGGAGGGUUUUUACAUUCGUUGUUUCACAUGUUGUUUGCAAAUAUAAACGCGUCUUUGUUUGCUGGAGAAAUUAAAGCCUGACCUCACCAGGAAGUGUCUGUGAUGACGGUUACCCGGAGAGCGCCGCACGUGAUGUUCAGUAAAACGUGACAAUAAAGUCUGUGUGUGCCGUGUGUUUAUUAAAGACGUUCAGCUGCUGUUUGAGUCUCUGAUCGUGCUGCUUUCAGUUUCACGCUCUGAGCAUGCUCGGUUUAAGACAUCAUCAUCAUCAUCAUCGUCGUCAUCAUCAGGUGACUCCCCGCAGCAUUCUCCAGAACAGCCGGCGUCGCCACUCUGCCCUGCUACAAUGACGCACGCUCGUAUCACGAGGUGUACGCUACGCUUGGUUCACGACAGCAUCAACAGGACAAGUUCAGCCCUUCGGUUGGAGGUCAGGUUUACGGAAGGCGUGCAGGUCUGAGAGCAGCGUGGAGAUGAACGGCAGCGAUGCUGGCGUGUGGCGGUGAACUGCCCGACUGUGAGCGCGAACACCUGCUCGCCACAACUGUAAGUACAGCUGGGCGUGACGUGAUAUUCACACAGAAGCCACUUUACUAGGAACCCCAGAAACCAAAGCUUCAGUGAAACGCGCUUUCAUUCGAUCCUGAGAGAAGAGACAAUGAUGAUCAUUAGAUCCAGGCUGCACUCGGUCUGUUUCACAGGAAACACGAUUCACCAUAAAAAUAUGGGCUGUCUACAGCAGGGGUGUCAAACAUACGGUCUGGGUACAAGAAACAGGCCACUGGAAAUACUGAUCGGGCCCCAAUGCACAAACUGGAGGGUUAUCAGAAACCAGGCCGGUGCACACGUUAGCAUUAGCUAUCUGUUAUCAUUAACAUAGCAGCUAGCGGACAGUAGUUGGAUAAAGAUGAAUUGGAGCUGAACGGGAGAUCGAGCCGUGACAGAGCAGAUUACGGACGUGUGGACCAGGAGGCGAGUGGAGGACCAAUCGGAUGGCUUCACUCCGCACGCGAGCCUUGCGCUUUGCGCUGGGCAGAGGGGGGAGGGGCGGUAGUUACACUGGCAGUAGCACAGGAACAGAGCGGGAGGGAGAGAGAGAGAAAGAGAGCCAGGGACAACAACUUCACAUUAGAAAGGUAU